AGCAGCAACGAACGCGGUGUUACACUGUCGAUCUUAGGCGAAAUAAUGGCUUCUGUACAGGCGGCGAGGAGCGCCGAGAAGGAGAAGGCACACGCCGUGUGCCUGCCUGCGCCGGCGCAGGGGCACAUCAACCCAAUCCUGGACGUGGCCAAGCUGCUGCACGGCCGCGGCUUCCAUGUCACCUUCAUUAACACGGAGUACAACCACGCGCGCCUCCUCCGGUCACGGGGCGCGUCGGCGGUGGCUGGCGUCCCGGGCUUCCGGUUCGCCACCAUCCCGGACGGCCUGCCACCGUCGGAGGACAUGGACGUCACGCAGGACGGCGAUUCUGUGUGCAGAUCCAUCGAGGAGACUUGCCUGGGGCCCUUCCGGCGAGUUCUCGCCGAGCUCAACGAUCCGGCUAGUGGCGUCCCACCGGUGACCUGCAUCAUCUCCGACUCGGUCAUGAGUUUCUCCAUCGAAGCGGCCAGGGAGCUUGGCGUCCCCUACGUCCAUUUCUGGGAAGCCAGUGCCGCGAGCUACCUCGGCUUGCGCCACUACCGCCUCCUCGUCGACCGUGGUCUCGUCCCACCGCCAAAAGGUGCCUUGACGACUGAGUAUCUUGACACGCCGGUGGAAGAUGUGCCCGGGCUGAGAAAUAUGAGGUUCAGGGACUUCCCCACCUUGGUACGCGCCACAGAUCCGGAUGGCGACUUCAUGCUGCAGUUGGCCCUCAGGCAAAUGGAGCACGCAACCUGCGCAUCCGCCGUGAUCCUAAACAGUUUCGACGACCUCGAGGGCGAGGAGGCGGCGGCCAUGGAGGCCCUCGGCAUUGCCAAGGUCUACACGAUCGGCCCGCUCCCGCUGCUCCUGGCCUCUUCAGCCCCAUGUCUCAGCAGCGCCCUCAGCCUCAGCCUAUGGAUGGAAGACCACGGGUGCCUGCCUUGGCUCGACGCCAAGGAGCCGGGCUCUGUGGUGUACGUCAACUUCGGCAGCAUCACCGUCAUGACCAACGAGGAGUUUCUCGAGUUGGCGUGGGGGCUAGCCCACAGCCGCAGGCACUUCCUGUGGAUCAUCCGCCCCGAUCUCGUCAACGGCCAAACCCAAGCGGCGGCUCUGCUGCCCCCGGAGUUCUCCGCCACCACCGCCGACCGCGGCCUGGUGGCCUCCUGGUGCCCGCAGAAGGAGGUGCUGGCCCACCCGGCCGUGGGCGCCUUCAUCACGCACAGCGGCUGGAACUCCACAUUGGAGAGCAUCUGCGCCGGUGUGCCGGUCAUCAGCUGGCCCUCCUGUGGGGACCAGCAGACCAACUGUCGAUACCAGUGCAACGAGUGGGGCGUCGGCCUGGAGAUGGAGUGCCACGUCCGGCGAGACAGCGUCAGGGGCCUUGUCACGGAGCUCAUGGAGGGGGACAGGGGAAGGGAGAUGAGGAAGAAGGCACAGGAGUGGAAGGAGAAGGCAGCCAAGGCCACCACCAAGCACUCCGGCUCCUCUCACCGCAACUUCGACAACCUGCUUCGCGACGUGCUCCUGCCCCGGCCAUGAGAAUUACUGAUCGAUUCUCAGUCCCGAGUUUUUCUCUUAUUUUUUCUUUCUUAUUGUGUUGCUUGCGAUUUUGUUUUGAUUUUGCAUCUGCUUGCUUGUGUUGUUUCUCUCAUUGGUUUCCUCAAUGAUUUGAUCUAUUUCUUUUGCUUUCCCGGCAUGUGGCAUGGAUUGUGCAUGUGCCCUAUGUUGUGAUUUUUGGACGGAACAAACAUGCCACAUCAGCAGAUUUCCUUCAUGUUUAAAACUAGCUGGGUCCAAUGCGGCGCUUGCCGUGUCCCUUUCGGGAUAUUGAAUAAAAUUGGAACGAUACAUGAAGACGGUACUCCCCUCUAAGAGCAUAAAUACUACUCCCUCCGUUCCAUAAUGUAAGAAGUUUUUUUUGACACUACACUAGUGUGAAAAAACGUCUUAUAUUAUGAGACGGAGCGAGUAGCUUCUAGGCAUCAAUAGAUCAUAGAAAACAAAUGUCUGUCAGAUGGGGCGUGCUCUGCCCCAUGAGCAUUACUAAUGGAUUCUCAGUCCCAAGAUCUUUUGUCUUA